CGUCGACAUCAAGCGCGACUAUCCUUCUCGAUUUUUACUGUGAGGAGAGAAAACUUGAAUUCAUUUGGCCAUCUCUGGCUUCUUAUUCCUUGUGCCUGGCUGUGGUUCGAGCGCCCGAACUGCCAAUCGAGUCUAUUCUACAGCUCUACUGAGCGCUCCCAAGCUACAGUAGCGUUGUGACCAGCCAUGGACCGCUACUGUCGUAUUGAGUAUUGACUUCCAGCACAGUCGUAGAUAUACGUGUGUCGGGGUGCAGUCAUUCAUAGGUACGUUCGACGUCUCCAACAGUUGGCAAGAAUGGCCCAAAAGCUGAUAUGGGACGUUGCGGCCACGGAGCACCAGGCGAAAGAAGCAGCCCGUAGUCGGCCAAAGGAAAGUGUUUUGCUGGUAAUUGGCAGCAAGAAUGGUGGUAAGUCAACUAUCAUCUCGCGCUUUGCAGAAAGAACUGAUGAACGAAGACCUGCGACGGGACUUGAAUACACAUUCUACCGAAAGCAAAACCUUCAGAACCUGGGCAAGGAUGUUGUUCACCUAUGGGAGCUGGGUGGAGGUAGCUCACUGGCGGACCUCCUUGAGGUUGUGGUGAAGCCAAACAUUAUCUUGAACCUGUCUGUGGUGAUGGUGCUGGACCUGUCUGAGCCUAACAACCUCUGGACAGUUUUUGAGGAGCUCAUGGCUAAGCUACGGGAAGCUGUGAAGUCGGUGGUGUCUCAGUUGAAGCAGCAACGCGAAAGAGGCUCUGGACACACUGAAGCACAACGCGUGGGCUGGGCAAAGUUCGGAAAGAACCACCCGGACACCGAGUUGCUCAACCCGUUGCAAGUUCCCAUCGCCAUCAUUGGAAUGAAGUACGACAUAUUCCGGAAAACAGUGGACGCAGAAAAGCAGCGGGUCGUUUCAAGCACACUACGGUUUCUUGCGCAUAUCAAUGGUGCAUCACUGAUGUAUUGUGCCACCACGUCGGAAAAUCUGAUGAUCCGCACUCGUGCCCUGCUGUGUUCCAUGGCGUUUGGUACCCAGGAAAGUCGUACAGUAUUGCUGGAUGACUCCAAGCCACUAAUAGCACCAGCAGGAGCAGAUUCACUGGGCGCUAUCGGCCCACCGCCGAUGCAAGACGGCGGAAUGAAGAUCCAUGCAAGGAAACCAGUUGAGCUCUGGAAGAACACGUUCGCAGGAUUCUUCCCGCCAGCGGCAAAGGAAGGUGAGGACAAGGACGGAGACCCGGCGGCUGAUCCACAAUAUGCAGAGGCCAUUGUCGAUGAGAUGAGAACACAAAAGGACUUGGAACUGGCGAAAUACAAGAAGGCAACGGAGAGGGCGGCACGAGAGCAGGAGCGCCAGGCACACGCUAGUGGAAAGGACGUGCCACAGCGGACAGGCGGAGACCGACGCCACCACCCACAGCAGCAGCACGGCGCUGGCAAGACAACGGCAACAGCUCGUGACCGCACCACCUCGUCGUCAUCCAGCUCCAAAGAGAGAAGAUGAAGCACACCACACACAAUCCUGCCUUGAAAGUGGCACAUCGGCAGAGUUGAGCCCUAGUUGAUUAAGACAAGUAUUAUUCCUACCUAGCAAAGGCCACAGGCCCUCGGGCACACAUGAGCUCGUAUUGUGAAUGAUGUUUUGAAGUUUUCAAAAGUCAUUUGUUCGUCGUAGAGAGGAGUCAGCGAGUACUUAGAAAAGUUCAUCGUAGAUAAUUAUUAACUUUAUUGAAUUUUUGGAAACUGGUUUCGUAGAUUUUCAUGUACAGCAUCUACCUUUUUUAAGCAUUGAGAACAGAUUAAUGAAUUGUAGUGUGUGCUUCGUGGAAUGUAUAAUUAAUAAUUAUUGUCCUUUAAUAAUUAUGGUACAAGCAUUUCGUGUUUGCAGUUGCCAUGCUUCCACAA